CGCGAUUUUGAUGAAAUAUUUGUUAACGACCGUCGACGCGAAUCUUGUUUGAGCUAAGAAAAUGUCAGAAGACAAACGCCGUGGAGAAGAUGUGGAGGAUGGGGGUCCUGGUCUUGUUUAUAUGCCAUUUGUUAUCAUGGAGGAGAUCUUGGACAAACUUAGGCUACUCGAUUACGAACGACAAUUCCAAAUGAAGAUGAAAAUGAAACCCAUUUCGAGACACUAUUUUGCCAUCCCAACAAACCCCGGCGAACAGUUCUUUAUGUUCACAUCUAUAUGUGCAUGGCUUCUUCAAAAAGCAGGGCGGAAUUUUGAACAACCUCAGGAAUACGAUGACCCCAAUGCUACCAUAUCCAGUAUCUUGGAAGAGCUUCGUCACUUUGGCCAUUCGGUGGACUUUCCGCCAUCAAAACUAAAGCAAGGCUGCGGUGAACACUGUAUUUAUGUGCUUGAUAAACUUGCAGAUGAGGCUUUAAAGUCUUCUGGGUUUCACUGGGACAAACCUGAUUAUCCACAGGAAGAACUCGAAGAGGAAAAUGUUGUCGAAGAUGAUGCAGAGCUGACCCUGAAUGAAGUGGAAAAGUCCAUUUUUCAGAACGAAAUGGAGGAGGAAGAGUUUGAAGAAGAAGAACAAAUAUUGGAUUUGGAAGGACUGAAAAGACUCAGCCAGAAGAAUCAACAAGUGGAACAUUCCAAACCAGAAGAAAUAAUGGAAUCAACAACCGAUGCGGCAGCUUGGAAGCUAGAAGUAGAACGAGUCUUACCCCAGCUUAAAGUGACAAUCAGGAAAGAUAACAAAGACUGGCGAGAUCAUGUUGAACAGAUGCAUCAGCACAAGGAUGGCAUCGAAUCCUCGCUGACGGAAACUAAAUCCUACCUUGACAAACUCCAUGACGAAAUUAGCCGCACUCUAGAAAAAAUUGGAAGUCGAGAGAAAUACAUCAAUAACCAACUGGAACAUUUGCUAUCAGAAUACCGUGCUGCUCAGGAUCAGCUCUCAGAAACAAAAGAAAGAUACCGCCAGGCAAGUGGAGGCGUGACGGAACGAUCUCGCAUGCUGGCCGACGUGACGGAGGAACUGGAGCGCGUCAAGAUGGAAAUGGAGGACCGUGGGAGCAGCAUGACAGACGGAGCUCCGCUGGUGAAGAUCAAACAAGCCAUCCAGAACCUCCGGAAGGAAAACGUCCAGAUGGAAAUCCGAAUCGGAGUGGUGGAACACGUUCUUCUCCAGGCGAAACUGAAAGACAAAACUUCGCAGAAUAAGGAAGUGCACAGUAACAAAACACAGGACACAUUUGACUACAAUGCCUAUUAAAGGAUUUUUUUCUGCGAAUUAAAUUCGUGGUUGUUCAGUUAUUUAUAUGUGAUAAAUUAUUCCAUCCAUUUACUAGUAUUUUUUUUAUAUUGUGCAAGAUUUUUCAUGUAUAGUUUUUUUAUGUAGAAAAGAACACUUGAUAUUCUCUGAGAUCUGAAUAAAGCACAAACUAAGGUA